AAGGCCAGUUUGGCAACACGGGCGUGUUUCUUUUUUGGUUUUUAAUAGCAAAGACAAGACUGCAUUUCGGGCAAAUCGUUUUGGACUCUAAAUUACAAUAAAUUAGUAAAAAUUUAAUAAUUCUGUAUAUUGUUAAUUUCUUUGCUUUGCUUCUCUACGAAAUUUGUGUGUGUUUUGUGUGGUGCGAGUGUGUGUGUGUGUGUGUGUGUGGGGAGAGAGACGAGACAGAGACUAGAAAAAAGUAUUCAAUAAAGUGCGAAAGGUCAGCUAGCAGACGGGAAAACAGCUUGAGGUAGAACGAGAAAGCCUCUAUUUAGAGUGUAUGUGUGUGUGUGAGUGAUUGUGUGUGUGUGUGUGCUGAGUAUCUGCAAGUUAGUUAGUCUAGCUGUCCCUUUCAAACGCCAACAGAACGCAAUUGCUUUGAAAUUAAAACGAAGAAAAACCAACGGCAACCCAACCCUCCUCAACUCAACACCCCUCCCCUUCUAUCCUGGCUGGCCAAAAACACACACACACACGCACACAGAUCAAACGUCGUCGUUGUCGUGUGGUUCCGGUGCCGCCGCCGCCACCAACGCAAAGCGAAGCAAUAGCACAGAGUUGCAGUUGCAAACAAAAAAAACACAAAAAAAAGUGAAUUCCUCUGGGAGUGGAGCACAAGAAAAAGCUGGGCAAGGCUGGCAAGUAACUGGACUCUAGAUACUGCCCAAGCCGGGUGUCUGCGCCGCUGCUGCUGCAGGGACAACAAAAAACCAAAAAAAAAAAAAAACUGUUAGACAGAAUAACGCCUAAGGAAAGCAAACGGAACGGAACGGAACGGAACAAAACGACGAGUAGGAAGAGAAUUACUGAGAGCUAAAUAUAUAUCCAUUCGAUCCGAUAAACGACAACAAGACAAGGACAAGAUAAUACAUAUAGGCGCCACCCACAAGAGAGCAAGGGAGCAGAAAACAGGACAAAAGCAGAGGAGGAGGUGAAGAAGAAGGAGAAGGAGAAGGAGGAGGAUUACAACUGCCCGAAAACUCGUUACUCGCCCACUUGCUACUCGCUGUGAGAUGUUGCCAUUCACUCCACAAGUGGUCAAACGUUUGUUAGCACUCAAAAAGGGCAACGAGGAUAACACAGUCGAGGGCAAGUGGUCCGAAAAGGCCGUCAAGAAUUUGGUUAAGAAAAUAAAAAAGAGUUCCCAACUAGAGGAAUUGGAACGUGCCAUUUCCACACAGAAUUGCCAGACACGUUGUGUGACUGUGCCGCGUAGUAAACCCACCGGCGGUCCGCAAGGUAGUGAACAUUUACGUAAGGGUCUACCACAUGUGAUCUAUUGCCGUUUAUGGCGUUGGCCCGAUUUGCAAUCGCAAAAUGAAUUGAAACCCUUGGAUCAUUGUGAGUACGCGUUUCAUUUGCGUAAAGAGGAGAUUUGUAUAAAUCCGUAUCAUUAUAAGAAAAUUGAGCUAUCCAUAUUGGUGCCGAAAUCAUUGCCAACACCACCAGAUUCCAUUGUUGACUAUCCAUUGGAUAAUCAUACACAUCAGAUACCAAAUAAUACGGAUUAUAAUGCUGCUAUAAUACGCAGCGCCUCAUUGAGUCCGCCACAGUAUAUGGAAUUGGGUGCGGGCUCGACAAAUUCACAAACCUCAACAGCCACAUCGUCCUCAUCCUCAAUAUCAGUGUCAACGGCAGCAUUAUCACCGUUUCAACAGCAGCAGCAGCAGCACCAGCAGCAACAACAACAACAACAGCAAUCGUUAUCAUCGUUUGGCCAAAAUAUGGAUUCGCAAUCGAGUGUUUUAAGCGUUGGCAGCAGUAUACCAAAUACAGGUACUCCGCCACCGGGCUAUAUGAGCGAAGAUGGUGACCCCAUUGAUCCCAAUGAUAAUAUGAAUAUGUCACGUCUAACACCGCCUGCCGAUGCUGCUCCAGUUAUGUACCAUGAGCCAGCCUUCUGGUGUUCCAUUUCCUAUUAUGAGCUGAAUACACGAGUCGGUGAAACUUUCCAUGCCUCACAACCGUCGAUCACAGUCGAUGGCUUCACAGAUCCAUCCAAUUCGGAACGCUUCUGUUUGGGUCUACUAUCGAAUGUGAAUCGCAAUGAGGUUGUCGAACAGACACGCCGUCACAUUGGCAAGGGUGUACGGCUCUAUUACAUUGGUGGCGAAGUGUUUGCCGAAUGUCUCAGCGAUUCAUCGAUAUUUGUCCAAAGCCCGAAUUGUAAUCAACGUUACGGCUGGCAUCCGGCCACCGUUUGUAAAAUUCCACCCGGUUGCAAUUUGAAAAUUUUCAAUAAUCAGGAAUUUGCAGCCCUACUCUCACAAUCGGUCUCACAGGGAUUUGAAGCUGUCUACCAAUUGACACGCAUGUGCACCAUACGCAUGUCCUUUGUCAAGGGCUGGGGAGCUGAAUAUCGUCGCCAGACAGUCACCUCGACACCAUGCUGGAUUGAAUUGCAUUUGAAUGGUCCGCUGCAGUGGCUAGAUCGAGUCCUAACCCAAAUGGGUUCACCGCGUCUGCCAUGCAGUUCCAUGUCGUAAAUGGAAUGGAGAAUGAAAUGAAAUGGGAAGGGCGUGGGGAAAAAGCCCACAAAAAAAAGAACGCUCGGACAACAUUUUUCUUAAAACUACAAGAAAACAAACAACAAAAAAAAAAAAAAAAAAGAA